AUGGCGCAGCAGCUUGGUAUGCGGGGGCAGAGGCUGGGCAGCUCGGGGCAGCAGCGGGCUAGAUCAAGCCGUCCCGUCUGCCCGGUGCAGAGGCUCCCUUCUCGGACGCACAGCAGCAGCAGCGGGGUGUUUCCCCGGCACGUCUGCCUCGCGAAGCUAGAUGAGGUUUCACUGUUUUCCGACAGCAGCUUGCUCGGCCCCAGCAGCGCGUCGACUUCGGCAGCGGCCCAGGCGGCGGCGGGCGGCAUCGACGCCGUCGAGCUCAAGAGCAAGCUGGGCCUGGAUUACAGUGUCCUGGCGCAGCACCUGAAGGAUGGGGACUUCCGGAAGGCCGACGACGAGACGCGGGCUCUCCUGAUCAAGAUGGCGGGGCAGGGCGCGGUGGGCCGCGGGUGGGUGUACUUCACCGAGGUCAAGACCAUCCCCGCGGAAGACCUGCAGACGGUCGACGCCCUGUGGCGUGCGGCCAGCAAGGGCAAGUUCGGCUACUCCGUCCAGAAGGAGCUCUUCGUCCAGGCCGCGCGCCGCUGGCCCAAGUUCUUCAAGCAGAUCGACUGGACGGUCGGAGAGAACAACGUCUACCGUAAGUGGCCGGCCGAGUUUGUGUACUCGAUGGAUGCCGUCAAGGGCCACCUGCCGCUGACCAACGCGCUGCGCGGGACCCAGCUGUUCGAGGCGCUGCUGCAGCACCCCGCGUUCGACAAGCAGGCGGCGGCGGGCGGCGGCCGGGCGGCGAGCAUCGACGAGCGCAGCAAGGCCGCGGGCGCCAACACGCUCAAGUUCUGA